AGUCUCACGAAUAAGAAGUAUGACACCCGGAUGUGACGUACGGUGCAGAAUCAAAACAGUUAGCGUUAACGUUAGAAAGCUCUUCCCUGUCCCGUUAAAGGCUUAUAAAAUGCAAUGGGAAAGGUUACCGGCAAUGUUAGAAAUAAACUACACUAUUUAGAUACUGGAGCGAGGUUUUUUUACCGGACUGUCGAGGAAUGCUAAUGCGAGGAAAAUGUACUUUUGGCUAGUUUUAGCAACAGCAGCAGCAGCAUCUCUAUGGGACUAGCUACCUGGUUAGCUUCCACGGCUAACGAAAGUUGCUCCAUGGCUAUCUAUGGGCUGAACAUUACCAUAUAUAGACCGGCCACAGAGCUCCCUCGCCGGUGAAAUGUAAACGGUGACUCCCGAAGGAGGCUGUCAAAAGGCGAGCAAAAACAAAACUUAGCCUGGAAGAUAAAAACACGCUUCGCCAUGUCAUCUGAGCAGAUUAUUGCCAUCGUCAUGGAUGACAAAAUCUACGAGGUGAAUAAAAAGAAGCUGAUAGAGAAGAGCGACUACUUCCGUGCACUGUACAGCUCCGGGAUGAGGGAGUCCACCGAGGACUCGGUGCAGCUGCAGGGGCUCAGUGUCCCCGGCCUGGAGCUGGUGCUGGAGUUCAUCAACACCUCCAAGGUUCAGGUUGUCAACGAGACUCUGGAAGACCUGAUUGAGACCGCCUCCUUCUUACAGGUCACCUCCAUCCUCAAGCUCCUCACCUCGGAGAUCCGGCUGGACAACUGCGUGGACCUGUACAGCCUCUCUGAAGUUUACGGGACUCAUGAUCUGCGUAAUGCUUGCCUCAAAUACAUGAGCUGCUACUAUCAUCCCAUGCUGAGGCGGCCAGAGUUCAGCAGCCUCCCCUUUGCUGUCAGAGACCAAGUCAGGGAGAUGCGCAUGAAAGGCACCGCCACCUUGGUAGCCAUCGGAGACUUCACCUGUCUCUCCCUGGACGUGCCCGAUCAGGAUGAACCCUGGUCCAUGCUGAGGUAUGGAGAGGUGGAGCAGCGCUGGAAACCGCUCGCAAACAACCUGCCUCCAGAUAUGAUCAACGUCAGAGGAUAUGGCUCAGCUGUCCUCGAUAACUACCUGUUCAUAGUCGGUGGAUACAGGAUGACGAGUCAGGAGAUCUCUGCGGUGCACUGCUACAACCCCUGUAGGAACGAGUGGAACCAGGUGGCUUCGCUGAACCAAAAGAGGUCCAACUUCAAGCUGCUGGCAGUACAAGGGAAGAUGUACGCGGUAGGAGGCCAGAGUCUGGGCACAGUGGAGUGUUACAGCCCAGAACAGGACUGGUGGACCUGUGUGUCCUCGAUGCCCAACCCACUGGCUGAGUUCUCUGCCUGUGAAUGCCAAGGGAUGAUCUACGUAAUGGGUGGAUACACUGCAAGAGACAGGAACACAAGCGUUCUCCGUUACUGCACCACCUCUGACACCUGGACAGUGUUUCGGUCCUGUCCGGCGCACAUCCGCAAGCAGCAGAUGCUGUCGGUGGAGGACACAAUCUACCUGGUGGGUGGCUACACCCACGAGCUGGAGGUGGGUCAACGGCAGCGGCGUCCCAGCCAGACGGAGGACGUGCUGACAGUGCAGUCCUACAACGUCUCCACGGGGGAGUGGAUCCAGCUGAAGGAGAACACAUCCAAGUCUGGCCUGAACCUGACGUGCACGCUGCACAACGACGGCAUCUACAUCAUGAGCAGGGACGUCAGCCUGCCCACCAGCCUGGAGCACCGCGUCUUUCUCAAGUACAACAUAUUCUCUGAUGCCUGGGAGGCCUUCAGACGCUUCCCAGCUCUGGGACAGAACAUGCUGCUGUGUUCGCUUUACCUACCCAACGUGCUGUGAUUGAGAGGGCUGAUGGGAAAGACUAACCAAAGUGGAGCCCAUGCGGAGUAUAUAGGCCAGUGUGUGGCUUGAUUGUUCUGGUACAGGAUGGGGCUCUGUGGCAUUAGUGGAAACUGUGUCCGGUUGCCAGGUUCAACACCUCGUGACCUUUGUGCCUCAACAAAAAAAACCAACCUGCACUACAAUGUACAUACUGCUGCGGAUGCAAAUAAAUAAAGCUACAAUGGCAAGUAAAGUGAUGAAGCGCCAUGGCCCGUAGGACAACAGCCUCAUAACAACUAGCCCCAGUUUGUGCCUCUCAUGUAUUAUCAUUAGUCACAGUGAAAAUCAUCUGGUUUUCUGAGAAAUAAUUCCCUGGAAAGUUUAAAAAGCCCAGAAGGACAUUAAACAACACCUUCUGUUGCACCUACGGUAUUUCCAGGAUCUCUACGAUUGUCUUAACCACCUGGAUGAGAAAAUAUUUUGUCUGCUACACAAUCAAAAAUAUUUUAAAACUGUUCCCAACUGGCGACUUGUUUCCUAUCCAGGUGACUCGCCGGUUGCCAUCUUUGUUUGGACUGGGAAAUAGAUUUGCAACUUGGGAAACUGGCUAAAAAAAUUUUUUUUAUUGUGCAGCAGACAGAAUAUUUUACCUUCUAGUUGGAUGGAAGUGUUUUAGGAUUCUGGAAAUAUCUACAGAACAGCGCUAAGUCUUAUUUAAAGAUCCCUCUGGGGUUUUGAAACAUGGUUGAAUAUUAUUUAUAUAACGAAUGAUUACCACCGUCGGAUGUAAUGCUAAUACAUGAGAGGCACACAAACUGGGUGUACAUAACAUCAUGCUUUUAAAUCUAUAGGCCACAAUAUUCCCAAUGUUUACACUCCUAAUAUGGCAUUGGCGUACAUGUUUAUCCAUAAUUCACUACAAACCUUAAGAUAUCUCGGAAACUCAUUUCUUGUCUUCAUGAACUGUACAUAGCAGAUAAUCAUAAAAUAUGGCUUUGGUUAUACACUGCCAGUUUAACGGGAAUUAAAGGUUCCUUGAACGUUAAUGUUUGGGAUCAGAGAGAGCUUAAUGUGUUGUAUGUACACUUGCACAGUCUUAUUUUUCCAGAGAUAAACUAAGUGAAGCUUAAAGCGCAAUUUCAUGAAAUGAACGAUGCACUUGUGCCUUCUGCAACCUCAGUGAAUGGAACUUAAUACAAAAAAAAGCAAAACAAAUGCAAGACUGUGUUACCUUACCAGCAACUGACCAAAACUGCUGUGUUUCAUUGUUUUUCCCUCUGCUAAAGCAGAUUUUGUUUUCAUUACGGUACGUUUCAGUUCCUUGAUUAAAUAUUGGAGGUGUGCCGACAUUUAAAAAAAAAAAGCCUCGAAGCAAAACUUAUUUCUGAAAUGCUGAUGUUUUGGGUAAAUGCAGCACUUUUGAUGUUUGAUUUGGUGCAUUACUUUAUUGUUUGACAGUUUUUGAAAUUUAGUUCAUGACGAAUAAAGACGAAGUUCAGGUG